AUGACGCGGCACACCCGCUUUCUGGAGAAACCACGUGACUUGGGAGGUUUGAUAUGUCCAUCCAUCAGUGCACUGAAUCAAUGUUGUUGUAGUUCAGACGCGAUCAGAAGCGACAUCAGUAUGAUGAAUAAUACCUUCAUUUUUGGGGUUUUAUUACUCGUGAACGGUGUGUUUGGUGUUGAAGCAGAUGAAGUGUCCGUAUCAGUGAUGGAGGGAGAUUCAGUCACUCUACACACUGGUGUUACUGAAGUACCGAAGGAUAGUGACAUAAUAUGGAAGUUUAAUGAUGAAAUCAUAGCUAAAAUGAAUGAAGCAGAUGCAACUCCCUCUACGUUAGAUGGCCCUGGUGCAAUAUUUAAAGACAGACUGAAGCUGGACAAACAGACUGGAUCUCUGACCAUCACAGACAUCAGAACUGAACACAUUGGACGUUAUAGUGUAGACAUCAGGGGCAUAAAUGCAAAAUUGAAGACAUUUAAAGUUACUGUUCAUGAUGUUGUGGAGUCAGUGUCAGUGAUGGAGGGAGAUUCUGUCACUCUACACACUGGUGUUACUGAAAUACAGGGAUCUGAUCAGAUUGUGUGGAAGUUUGGAGAUCAACAAGUUAACGGAUUAAACAGCCCUGAUGAUGCAAAAUGGAGAAACAUUCAUCUGAAAGAUCAGACCUCAGACCUCGUCAUCAGCAGCAUCCAAAGCGAACAGACUGGAGUUUAUAAAGUGGAGAUAAACACCAUCAACAAGGUCUUGCACAGAAAAUACAAAAUUGCUGUUGGUGUUGGUGUGAAGACAGUAUCAGUGAUGGAGAGAGAUCCUGUCAAUCUAGAUACUGGUGUUCUUGAAAUACAGGGAUAUGAUCUGAUACUGUGGAAGACUGGAGGUAAUAUUGUGGCUGAAAUCAAUAAAAGUGCCAAUAUAUUUGGAUCUAGAGAUGUAGAUGAUUUGAGAUUCGGUGGCAGACUACAUCUAUCUCGUGAGACUGGAGGUCUCAACAUAAGUGACUCCAAAACCACAGACUCUGGAGAUUAUCAUUUACACAUGAGCAACAGCAUACACAACUUACAGAGGACCAUCAGCGUUACUGUCAAGACUUCACCUCAGUCAGGUGCUCCUUCAGGGAUUUGUGGUGCUGGUGUUGGUCUGGUAGUUUGGGUUGUAACUGUGUUUUUUGCUGCAAGAUUUGUAGACAACGAAAUCAAAGGUGUUUCAGUGAAAAUAAAGUGAAUCACUCUCAGGAUCAGGAUGGAAAAAUGAAGAGAAACAACAGUUCAUAAUCACUGUAACAAGAUAAACUUGGGCUUUGCCUGACAUGUUAUUCAGUUUUCAUUUGUUUGUUUUAUGGAUAUAUUUUGACAUAAAUCUUGCUUUUUUUGUCUUAUGCUUGACUACCAGAACAAAAGGGUAAACUGUAAACACCAUAGCCUGAAAUUUUCAAAUCACAAAACCAUCCAUGAAUUUUUCCAGUUAAAUAUAAAA